AUGAGUGAACCUUGGAGUAUCGAAGAUGAUAUACGGCUUUUUCGGUGGAUCACGGAGUUCAAGCCUGCGGGAAUGCACAAGCACUUCCACAUGAUCAACAUUCUGGAGCGGAUGAACAAACCAGAGCUGUUCCCCGUUGUGCUUCUGUUUGACAAGCAAAAAAGCGAGAGUAAGGGUUUAUUCACCCGGGAGGAACUCUGGGCGAAGCUGAGCAAGCACUACGACCUAGACAUGCUGGACAAAGUUGAAGAUGACCACACUGGGAAAGAAGCAGGCGAGGCGGCAUCAGUACUACCGCUGUCGCUGCGACGUGUUACAAAGCAGCAGCGGGAGUUCCAUCUGCCGUGGGAUGAGUACGGGGAGCUUAUUUUGGAGAAUGCGCAAGGCGCCAUGGAGGAAGAACAAGAAGAGUUCGAAAACCCAGAACAAUCAGAGAUAAGCAAGGAACGUGGGGAGACCGCGGAAAGCGAAGAGCUGCAAGGGGACACUGCACGAAAGGAAGAAGAGGCAGCAGAGGAAAACAUGGUUGCCGACGAAAAGGAGCACGACGAGGAACCGGAACCAAAGCCGCAGGAUGAAGAGCUUUCGGAGCGCGUUCCGCGCCGCGUCACAAGGUCUGCGGCUGUCGCUAAGCCAGCAGGCCGUAUCACACGGUCGCAUGGCCCUGCGGAUCAGGCUUCUGGUGUCGAUGGCCACGAGAGUGCACCUAGCGAAGAGCCCACCAACGGCGAAACCCCAGUAACGGGAGAAGAAAAAGAAGAGGAUAGCGCAAUGGGCGACCUCGAUGGAGAGAAAGACAAAGACAAAGACGAAAGCGCCCAAGGCGCAGAGACGCCGGCAGAGGGCGAGCCCGCGGAGGCCGAAGAACCCGAACAACCUCCUUCGAAGAGAACACGAACUACGAGAAGUCAGCCGCGCGAAGCGCCCGCGCCCGCGCCAGCGUCCACGGCCCCUGCUGCUGGAUCAGCCAGUGAGUCGCGGUCGGCGCGCUUGGGCGGCGCCAAGGAGUCGGUCUCGCCGCCCUCGGAGACAGAGCCGGCCGAGGACGCGGAGCAAGCCGCGAAGGCGCCUCCCGCAAAGCGGUCGAGCUCGCGCGUGGCCAACCGGCGCAGGGCCCGCCGCUGA